UUGAAUGUUCUAGGUCUGCACCUUUUGUUGGAACUCAAGGAGUGUAACCCUCAACUUCUUGAUAACCUUGAUCACGUGCGAAGUGCUCUGUAUGGAGCCGCCGAAGGCGUGGGGGCGCACAUAGUCGGAGAAUGCUUCCAUCAGUUCAGUCCACAAGGGGUCACCGGCGUCUUGUCUAUCGCCGAAUCCCAUAUCUCUAUCCACACAUGGCCAGAGUACAACUACGCAGCGGCGGACAUAUUUACUUGCGGUUCUUCUUUCCAGCCCAGAGAUGCUGCUAAAGUUUUGAUCGAGUUGUUCGAAUCUAAGCAACCCGAGAUUACCGAAGUCCGCAGGGGACUACUUUCCCUCCCGGUAGUCAUCUGA